ACUAAGAGUAAGAGUACUAAGACUAGAUCUAGAUCUAUAUAGUAUACCCAGAUACUCACUGGGGACUGAGUGGGGUCACAUACUCAUACUGACUGUCUUCAGUUUCAGUCUAAACUCUAGCUCAUUUUAACAUUGAAAACUAAAAAUGGUGGGAUAUAACAGAAAUGAUCAAAAAUUUUGAAAUGUCUAUCUGAAUGAAAUCCACACAAUCGAUUGGCAGUCACUUGGUGGCUGAGCACAACCUACAAACUGUCAUGGGCAAAAGAAAAUGGUCAUUCUGCUCCAUGGCUGGCAUCUGUUUUGUUGCCUUUAUCUUUGUUAAUCUUGGGAUCUGGUGGCUGGGGCCAAGCUGGAGGGCUGCCAGCUACACCCGUGACCUGCCGCCAGAGCUACUUAGCCACGAAUCUGUUAUGCUGACUUCAGACUCAACUCCAGCUAACCCCAGAGACUCAAAUUGUACUUUUCACAACUUCACCUGCUUAGAAGUUUACCACUGUGGCUACGAUGACAAGAGUGUCAUCAGUGUCUACAUCUAUCCCAUACAGCAGUAUUAUGAUGAACAUGGUGUGGACAUCACCCCGCCCAUGACUAGAGAGUUCCAGGAGAUCCUGAGGACAAUAUCACAGAGCCCAUUCUAUUCAAAAGAUCCUGAGAGGGCAUGUUUGUUUAUACCAUCUGUGGAUUUACUUAAUCAACAUUGGAUCCGACCUGCACAAGUGAGUAAGAUACUGGCUUCACUGAAAUGGUGGAACUCGGGUAAAAACCAUCUAUUGUUCAACAUGUUACCAGGCACUGCACCAGACUUUGUCAACUAUCUAGGAGUGAACACAGACAAGGCUAUGGUAGCAGGGGGUGGCUUUUCAUCCAUAACCUACCGCAGAACCUUUGAUGUGUCAAUACCAGUGUACAACCCAUUGUUGGAAGGUGUUGAGUUGCCAGCUAAGUCUCACCUAGAGGACAGAAAGUGGCUUCUAAUCUCAUCUCAGUUUGGACUGAAUGUUGUCUACAAGGCUGAACUUCAGUCUGUAGUGGCCAAAGAUAACAAAGUAUUUCUAUUGGACAGAUGUAAGGGAACACCUCUGAACUACAGUGUAAGGUGUGACCAACUCGGACAAGAACAUCUUUAUCCAAAUAUACUACAGGAUGCAACCUUUUGUUUAGUUAUUCGAGGCAAUCGCUUAGGUCAGCCUACACUAAUGGACGUUAUGAUGGCUGGUUGCAUUCCAGUUGUUGUAGCUGAUGGCUACCUCAUGCCUUUUCAUGAAGUCUUAGACUGGACUCGGGCCUCAAUACACCUAAAAGAACAGCACUUGCCAGAUGUUCUGGAUGUUCUCAAUAAGUAUAGCCCAGAGAGAAUUCAGGAUAUGAGGCGCCAGGUAUACUAUUACUGGCAGAGAUAUUUCAAGUCUCUUUCAGACAUGACACUUGCUACACUGCAGAUUGUCAAUGAUAGGAUUUUCCCAUUUCAUGCCAGAUCAUAUGACCAGUGGAAUGAGUUACUCAACAGGAAAGCUGUAAAGAAUCCUUUAUUCUUACCACUGAGAGCACCAAAGUCUUUGGGCUUUACUGCUGUGAUUCUUACAUAUGACAGGGUGGAUUCCUUAUUCCAGGUUGUCCGACAGGUCGGCAAAGUGCCCAGCUUGUCAAAAAUAAUUGUAGUUUGGAACAAUCAGGAAGUAGCUCCACCUCCCAUGUCCCAGUGGCCCAACACAGGGAAACCUAUUAAAGUUAUCACCACAAAGUUCAACAGACUCAGUAAUAGGUUCUUUCCCUAUGAUGAGAUAGAAACUGAAUGUAUUCUUGCACUGGAUGAUGACAUUGUCAUGCUAACACCUGAUGAAAUGGAAUUUGGUUACGAGGUGUGGAGGGAGCACCCAGAUAGAUUGGUAGGUUACCCAUCCCGUCUACAUCUGUGGCAGAACAGCACUCAGAGCUACAGUUAUGAGUCAGAGUGGAUGAAUGCCAUAUCAAUGGUACUGACUGGAGCUGCUUUUCACCACAAGUAUUUUUCCUUCAUGUACACCUACAGUAUGCCAGGCAAUCUAAAGCAAUGGGUGGAUAAGCACAUCAACUGUGAGGACAUAGCUAUGAACUUUCUGGUGACCAAUGUCACUGGCAAGGCUCCUAUAAAGGUUGUGCCCCGCAAGAAGUUCAAGUGUCCAGAAUGUGUAAAAGAGAUGCUUUCAGCUGACAUGUCCCACAUGGUGGAGAGGUCAGAGUGCAUCAACCAUUUUGUGGAGCUGUACGGUGCCAUGCCCCUGAAGCCAGUGGAGUUCCGAUGUGAUCCAGUUCUGUACAAAGAUAAACUUCCAGGUGUUUUAAAGAAGUUCAAGGAUCUUGGUGUUUUGUGACACAUACACCUACUGAUAGAAAGAAGAGAGAUUAUUUAAGAGUUGUUUGACUUGUAUGUGUAUCAUUGUGUGUUAGACUGAGUGCACUUGUUCUCAUUUUGUAACGUUUGGUUGAGUCAUCAGUUUGAUUUGAACAUUCUGGUUUAUUGAACAAGGUUUCUGUACAAGUUUGAAUGUGAUAUUUUAUUGUAUAUUUGCUUGUACUUUUACAUUGAUUUUUUACAAAUGUUGACAAUUUAUUUGAAUUUGUAAAAUAUUUACAACUUUACACUACGUUUAACGCAAAACGUUUUAAACUGUUGGGAGUGCAUUCAUAGGUGUGUGAUGCAGCGCAGGUGUUGUCUUAACACCCAUGUUCAUUCUGGGUUUUUCAUGCUGUGUUAAUAAACUUGUGUUUAAGAUACAUUUAUUCUCUGCAGUAAAAGACAAAAAAAGCAUAGAGAGAAGUUAUAUAUGUUAGUUAUGACCUUGAGUAAAAAAAAAAUAGUAUUCAUUAUUUGUUAUUUUCAUGCUACUUCCUUUAUCUCAUACUUGUUUGAAUUCAAGUUGAUGUCAAAUUUUGUAAGCAAAGUUUUUAAAAUGAUUUCUUACAUUUGUAGGAAAAGAUUAUACGCUAUCUGGAGUGCAAUAUUUAUCUGAUUUUAUUGUUCAAUAAUGAAAAGGAUGUUAACGAACUUUAAACAAGUGCAUCUUUACUAGAAGUUUACUUAAUCUAGAUAAGAUAUUAAGAUAUUCUGCAUCUUUAAUAGAAGUAUACAUUGCUUUGUCCUCAUUUUUUUAAAAUACAUUUUUUUUUCAUGGCUAUCCGAAUGUAAAUGUUCGAUAAAAAAUAAGGGACCAAAUUUUGUGCUUAUAUUUUUUUUUAAAUAAUUUUUUCUCUAAACUUUGCAACUAAAUCUAACUUCUGCUUCUGCUGAACUAACAGACAGUGGAUACAGGUAGUCAGCCUUUUGAAAGUGGCCAAAUAAUCACACACAUACAUAUAUCAAAAAAAUAUUUAACUCAUUCUAUUGGGAUGAGACCUAACAUUCACAUUUAAGUCAGAACAUUUCUUUUGAAUAUAGCUUCCCUAGGAUCAUAGUAUUAUUUUAUUAUAUUAUAUAAUUAAUUUAUAAUUUUGUAGUAGCAUAACAAAUAUAUUUGUGUUCAAGAAUUGUACUAAUAAAAGGGCAACCAGAGACAGCAAAAACUAAAUUGAAAAUGUGCAAGCGCAAUGAAGAUUAUGUUUGAUUAUUUCAUGAUUGUAUUGAUGAAGUCCUGUAGACUCACUUAUACACUGCUCAGUGCUUUCAAAAGAUUCAGCUGCUAAAAUUUCAUUUUUUAACUUUUAUUUCAUUAUAACCUAGUGCAGAGUUCUUCCUCUGGGAACAAGCAAUGUCUUUUUUUGUUUGUUCUUUGCUAUGAAGUGGUUAUAGAAUGUAAUGACCUUAGCACACUAAACAGACCUACUAUACUCUACAUGCUUUUAAAACAUAAAAUCAGAGUUGAAAUGAUUUAAAUGCAUAGAGGAUUUUUUUUUAUUAAAAAAAAUAAAAAGAUAUAAUAAGGAGAAAAAUGAAAGUAAUAAUGACAGACUAAUCAAGGCCAGUUUUGUUGUUAGGUCUUAUGUUCUUCUUGUAUGGAAGCAUUUUAUUUGUCUGAGCAUGAUGGGGUACAAUUUCCAAACCCGCUGUCUAUGUAUGAACAAAGAGCAGAGAUUAUAAUGAGAUGAUCAGUUCUCUAAACUGUGCAGGCUUUUGAUCAUUGUUGAAGCAUGUCUUAGAUCUUAUUAUGUUGUUUCUUGAAAAUGUGAAAACAAAUAUAUGUGUAUAAUCCUCCAAGACCCUAGGUCAAAUUAAAUUAAGUACAUUUAUACUUUUAGUACUUAUCCCUAAAUUAGUUUCCCAUUUUAUUUCUUCAAAACAAGGGGGGGGGGUGUACUGACUUGUUUUAUACCUGAAAGAAAUUGGUGUUCUCAUGAUGAAUACUUUUAAAGCAAGUGAUUAUUGUAUGACAGCUGCCUAGACUGUCUUGAUAGGGCAUGAACACAUCUACAAGACAACUGGCACAUACUUGGAAGACAGCCAAAACAAAGCACAAAUGAUGUCAAGUUAAAGCAGUUAUUGGUUGUGACAGUUAUGUCAUAGCUGGAUGUUCAGUCAUGUGAUUUCUGCUCUAUUUCCCUAGCAAUGGAUUUGAUGCUAAUUGAAUUUGUGAAUUAUUGUUUGCUUCAUUUUGUAUCUAUUGUAUAAACAAAUGUUUGCUUUUGUUUUUAUCACAUGUGUUUCUUUUCUGUUGGUGAAAACUAAAAGAUGUCCAAGUUUUAAUCAUUGAGAAAAUAUUCAUAACUAUGAAUGGUUAAAUACAUUUAUAAAUUCAGUGUGAAACUAUGAACAUUAUUGAAUGGGUUUACCAAUAGUGAAACACAUUCUAAAAGUACAAUGAGUUAUGAUGUAUCAAUCUGGUAGCUAUAUUUAGUCCAGUUGUUUUGUGUUAACAUAUUCUCUUGUUGAAUCUCCAGCAGCCACGUAGACAUCUGCUAAUUGUAUUCUUCUGUAGAUCUAAUGUUGUAAGUCUUUUGGCCCUUGUGAGAACUGAACAAACCAAGUAAUUCUUGUGGUCCUUGUGAGAACUGAGCAAACCAAUCUAUUUUCAUUGCCUAAUAUUGAACUGAUGUGCAAGUAAACAUGGCUAACUAUGAAAUGUAUUUCUAUCUGCUUGUACUAGCCUUCGUGUCUUUCAAAACGUUCACUCACUAAUUGGAACCAAGUGUUGUAUAUUGUGUGUGUGGAGUGUGUUUUGAAAAUGUACAUCUCCUAAUGGCUAGUCAGCGUAAUAAAGAAAUAGAAACCAA